AUGACCACGGAAAAGCAAACUCCACUCUUAGUUGACUUGCAUGUGAAAUACAUUCAGUCACUUGACACGAAAAAGGACGACUUGGAAUACUGGUUAACAGAACAUUUACGUUUGAGUGGUGUUUACUGGGGCCUCACAGCUUUGGACUUGUUAAACAAUGUUGAUGCGCUUAAGAAAGAAGACGUGGUGAAGUAUGUGAUUUCUUGUCAGCAUGAUAAUGGUAGUCUCAGUGGAUUUGGUGGACAUGUCGGACAUGAUCCGCAUUUAUUGUAUACGCUCUAUUCGGUGCAAAUUUUGGUAAUUGAAGAUUCAUUAGAUGCUGUAAAUGUGGAUAAAAUUGUUGAAUAUGUUGCCUCUCUUCAAGAUCACGCGACAGGAGCUUUUAGGGGAGAUGAAUGGGGAGAGAUUGAUACUCGAUUCUCCUAUGGUGCUUUAUCUUGUCUUUCCCUAUUGAAGCGUUUAGAUGCUGUAAAUGUUUCAAAAGCUGUUGAAUUCAUUAUGCUUUGUAAGAAUUUUGAUGGAGGAUUUGGUAGUUCACCUGGAGCAGAAUCACAUGCGGGUCAAAUUUUUUGUUGCGUCGGCGCUCUUGCCAUCGUUAAUUCGUUACAUUUGGUCGAUGCUGAUUUACUUGGAUGGUGGCUCUGUGAACGACAAUUGAAAAAUGGUGGAUUAAACGGGCGACCAGAGAAACUUGAAGACGUGUGUUACUCCUGGUGGGUUCUUUCUGCGCUUAGUAUCCUGGGCAGGUUACAUUGGAUUAAUAAAGAAAAGUUGAUUGAAUUUGUGUUGGCUGCUCAGGAUCCUGAAGGUGGAGGCAUUGCUGAUAGACCAGGAGAUAUGGUGGAUGUAUUUCAUACCUUGUUCGGAAUUGCAGGUUUAUCGUUGUUAGGAUACCCAGGUUUGAAAUUGGUCGAUCCAGUUUAUUGUUUACCAAAACACGUUGUGCAAAGAAUCGGAUUGGCGGAGAGAUAUCAUGUAUAA